GCGAGGGGCGUGGCCUAGGUGAGGGGCCGGGUCGAGCGAAGUGUCCCGCCAGGUGGGAAGGACUUAAGAACCGGGAGAACUAGCCUCACGCCCAGGUACGGCCCUUAGUUGGGUGGCUGCUCCGGGAACUUCCGGGCGAGACCGUGAGUAUUUCCGCCCAUGGCGAACCAAGGCUCCGGGAGCAGUCGCCUUCCCCUGGCGCUGCCCCCAGCCUCCCAGGGUUGCUCGUCAGGGGGCAGCGGCUCCUCCGCGGGCGGCUCCGGCAAUCCCCCGCCACCGCGAAACCUCCAAGGCCUGCUGCAGAUGGCCAUCACGGCGGGCUCUGAAGAGCCAGACCCCCCUCCAGAACCCAUGAGUGAGGAGAGGCGCCAGUGGCUGCAGGAGGCCAUGUCGGCUGCCUUCCGGGGCCAGCGGGAAGAGGUGGAGCAGAUGAAGAACUGCCUCCGAGUGCUGUCCCAGCCCACGCCCGCCUCAGCCGGUGAGGCUGAACUGGCUGCCGACCAGCAAGAGCGCGAGGGGGCCCUGGAGCUGCUGGCCGACCUGUGCGAGAACAUGGACAACGCUGCAGACUUCUGCCAGCUGUCCGGCAUGCACCUGCUGGUGGGCCGCUACCUGGAGACGGGGCCUGCGGGGCUGCGGUGGCGGGCGGCGCAGCUCAUCGGCACGUGCAGCCAGAACGUGGCAGCCAUCCAGGAGCAGGUGCUGGGCCUUGGCGCACUGCGCAAGCUGCUGCGCCUGCUGGAUCGGGACCCCUGCGACGCCGUGCGCGUCAAGGCCCUCUUCGCCAUCUCCUGGUAUGCCAUCGUGUGGCAGUUACCAUUUGGAACGUGCUUAGGACAGGCCAGCCCUGGUGCUACGAGCCCUUUGCUUGGUCGGUCUCCUGACUGCUCCUGCCGCCCGCUGCAUGGAGGCUCACAGAGGUUCACCCUCCGGCCCGAGACCAGGAGAAGGCCAGCUGGAGGAGUGUGUGAGAGCUGCGGAGGAGGUGGGUGGGGGAGCCCCCGGGGAGAUGCAUCUCCAGGCCACUGGCACCUGGUGGGCUCAGGCCAGGGUUGCUGCCCCCACGACACAGAAUGACCUGUACCCACGUGUCAGCUCUGCCCAGCGGCGAGGCCCUGGAGUGAAGGGAAGUGGUUGCCCCUGGACACGUCGUGAAGGCAGAGCCAGUGGGCUGUGCCUGCCGAGCGAACGUGGAGGGUCGUCAUGUCUUCCCCUCACCAUCCGCCUGUCCUUUUUUUUAUUUUUUAAAUUGAGUAAUGUUUUAUUUAACCCCAUAUAUCCAAAUUAUUAUCAUUUCAGCCCAUCAUUAUGUGGAGUAUUAAUGAGAUAUUUUACAUCUUUUUUUUUUCACUCUACGUCUUUGAAACCUGGUGUACCUCCUACAUGUAAAGCACGUCUCACCUCAGGCUGUAUUUUUAGCGGUCAGUGUGGAGUGUGGUUCUAGUGAGGGGACGAAGUUGUGCUUAAUGGGAACAUGCUGUACCACUGCUUCACUUUUUUACCCUAAACUGAAAUAAAUUAAACUCAAAUGAGAUUAACAACUCAGGUCCUCAGUGGCACUUGCCACAUGUCAGGGAUUUACUGGUCACGGGUUUCUGGGGGCUCCCAUCUAUCCUGGCCUAGACCCUGCCCAAGUCGGCACCUCCUUGGUGUUGCACCCCUCAGGCUGGUUCUGUCAUACUCGGAGGCCUUCCACGGUGCCUGUCACCCUCACGAAGUAGUCUGGCUCUCUGGGUCUUAGUUUCCUCAUCAGUAAAAUGGGAUUCCUAGAGCACUCACCUCCUAGGGUGGUUUUGAGGAUUAAAAAGAGAUAAUGUUCCCAUCAAUGGAUGGAUGGAUUAAAAAAACGUGGCUUAUUCAUACAAUGGGACACUAUUCAACCAUUAAAAGGAAUGAAAUAUUGAUUCAUGCUGUAACCUGGACGAGCCUAGAAAACAUGCUGAGUGAAAGAAGCCAACCACAGAAGACCACAUAGUGUUUGAUUCCAUUUAUAUGAAAUGUCCAGAAGAGGCAAAUUCAUAGAUAUGGAAAGCGGAUUAGUGGUUGCCAGUUGGGGGAGGGACUGCUAACAGGUAUGGGGCUUCUUUUGGGAGUGAUGAAAAUAUUCUGGAGUUAGAUAGUUUGGUAAGCCAACCUUGUGAAUAUACUAAAAACCACUGAAUUGUAUACUUUAAAAAGGUAAAUUGUACAGACUGUGGAAUUAUAUCG